UUUUUUUGGCCAAAACAAAUAUAAUGAAAUAUAUUUACAUUGAAUGUAUAUACAGUGUGUAUAUGUAUAUGCAUUAAAGCAUUUUGGGCUAUGUACGAAAUUGUAUGGCCAAAGUGUAGUGUAACUAAAAGAAAAGCAUAUAAGACAAAUAAUACUCACCAAAAAAAAAAAACAAAAAAUACAAAAUUGAAAAUAAAAAAUAACUGAAGAAAAAACAACAACAACAACAAUAAUCAAACCAGAAAGUAACUACACCAGUGCAGCCGUUACAACGUUUAACGUUUAACGAAAAACAAAAACAGAAAAAAAUCUGCGCCUGACUGACUAGCUGGUCAUACUAGUGGUGCUGUUGCUGUGCUAGUCGCGCUGAGGCCUUUUUUUUGUUAUUAAUUGUGGUGGCGGUGUUAUAGCUGCUGGAACUGCAACCAACAAAAACAAAAACAACAAAAAUAAAAACAAAACGUACAACACCAAAAAAGACGUUUUUUAUGUUAUUUGGCCAAAUUUAUACAAUCGUACGUUACAUUCGAUACAAUCGCCUUCAGCAGCUAAUGACAGCCGAGUGUGGCCAGGCAGAGGGACGGAUGGACAGACAAACGCCUUAGCAUUGCAUUUAAUCGCUGCGCGAUCGUCAUCUAAGUCAACGUUUUUUUAUUGUCAUUUCGUCACAAGUGCCCAUAGCAAGUGAGUGCAGACAGUAGCGGUGGCGUUGGUGGAAUCAUCAUCAUCCAAUCAAUUUGUUACCACAAACGUUGUGUGUUUUCAUGAAUUUUCGCUUCUUCUUCCAAAAAUUCCAAAUUAAAAAUUCAUCAAAGUAUUCCGCAUUCAAAAUAUAAAAACAUCAGCCAUUGAGUGAUAGCUGCGACAACAUUCUUUACCAGCAAUUCCAAUCGAACCAGUGGCUUAAUCAUAAUUUAUAAGCAUGAAGUAUUUAAUAAUUACCUCAAUUUUUCUGAUAUGUGCGGGGAGUUGUUUGUCAGCCGACAUUUUAAUGGUCACAAUGGGUGGCACCAAAUCACAUAAGAUUCCUUUUUGGGAAUUGGCCAAAGGCCUGAUAGAUCGAGGUCAUAACAUCACGUUCCUUAAUGGCUUCCCCUCUGAUUUCCACAUAGAUGGCUUGCAUGAAGUGACACCAUCUGGUCUUGUCGAAUACAUUCAAAAUUACACCAACUGGGAUUUGGUGGGGGCUCGAAUGCUAGGUGAGAUGCCAAUAUCUCUGUGGGAUGGCAUUCGUUAUGCGUUUCAGUCAUGUGAUGCCAUGUUGGAGGAUGCCGAAACCCAGGCUCUGAUGAAUCGCAACUUUGAUUUGGCCAUACUGGAUGGUGCCUAUCCCGAGUGUGCCCUGGGCAUGGUCUAUCAAUAUAAGAUACCUUUCAUGUACAUCAACACCGUGGGUUUCUACACAGGCAGUUUAUCUAACUCGGGCAAUCCUGGUUCAUUUUCUGUAACUCCAAAUUUCUAUUCGAGUUUUACGGAUAACAUGAACAUACUGGAGAGAGCUAUGAAUACGGCCAUUCAAAUAACUUCGGAUGUGGUGCAUAAGUUCGUCAUGGCUUGUGUCUAUCGUGUUAUGAAGGAGCGUUUGGGCAAUCAUAUACCCCAUCCCUAUGACAUCUCCCGAAAUGUCAGCUUCAUUUUACAAAAUGGUCAUGCUGUUGUUUCCUAUCCCCGUGCUUUGAACCCCAAUGUGGCAGAGGUGGCUUGUAUUCAUUGUAAGCCCGCCAAACCUUUGCCCAAGGAUUUGGAAGAUUUCAUUAAUUCAGCUGGAGAAUCAGGCUUCAUCUAUGUCUCCAUGGGUUCUUCGGUGAAGGCUGCAAAUAUGCCCAUAACCCUGCGUCAUUUGUUGGUGCAAACCUUUGCCCGCUUGCCCUAUCAUGUUUUGUGGAAAUAUGAAGGUAGUGCUGCCGAAAUAGAUGAUCUAUCGGAUAAUGUAAUGCUGAGUCGUUGGUUACCACAACAGGAUAUAUUGGGUCAUCCCCGGCUGCGUGCUUUUGUCACCCAUGGUGGCCUGCUGAGUAUGUAUGAGACCGUCUUUCAUGGUGUGCCUGUGGUGACAAUGCCAGUAUUCUGUGAUCACGAUGUGAAUUCGGCCAAAGCUGAGUUGGAUGGUUAUGCCAUCAAAUUGGAUUUGGAAACUUUGACAGCGGUACAAUUGUACAAGUCCAUCAUGAAGGUCAUACAUGAUCCUCAGUAUAGGAAUGCGGCAAGAUUCCGUCAACGUUUGCUAUUGGAUCAACGUACCACACCUUUGGAGACCUCGGUGUAUUGGACGGAGUAUGUGCUGCGUCAUAAGGGUGCCUAUCAUUUGCAGUCACCAGCGCGCAACAUGAAUUGGUUGCAAUAUUACCUGAUAGAUGUCGCUGCCUUGUAUAUGGCCACAAUAUAUCUGAUCUAUUUCCUUAUAAGACGUUUCCUUUUACGUUUCGAUGUGAUAAGAUCGUUACAUACCCCCACAAAAGCUAAAAAGUUAUAAACAUUUGUUACAAGUCUAAAACAGAUAAUAAUUCCAUUUUGUAUUAGUAAAACAAACUAAAAGUAGUUUUAGUGGUAAGUUUCCCCCCUUCCCCCAAAUAAUUGUAUGUACCUAUGUAAUUAUCUAUGUAUAUGUUUAGUUAGAUUUCUUGUGGAUCAUUGUAGAUCUGCAUUUUAAAAAUAUUUUCGUGUCUAUUAUAAAUGGGUGAUAUUGUAAUUAUUUUGCUUAAUAUUGUCAAAUAUGCUUUUUUUCAUAUAUGAGUGCAAGGCAAAGGCGUUCUUCUCUUUCUUUAGCAUUGUUUUAAAUUAUUUUAGUAUGUUAUAUAUUUCCAAUUAGGAUAACAAAAUAAGUAAAAUUUUUGUAAAUAUCUUUCACAUUAGCAAGCAUCGUAAGUGAAGAACGAAAGAGAUGGGGUUUUUAUUAAGGAAAACAAUUACAACCAAUUGAAGUUUGGUUUUAACGCCUAUGCACCUACUAUACACACCAUACACACAAUGAGGAUAUUUAGAAUAAACCAAAGUCAAUUAUUUUGUUCACAAAUUAAUUAAAUUUAAUCGUAUAUAAUUAUGUAGUAAAAAUAUUAGAUGUAGUGUUGAAAUGACAUGUAGCCAAUAAAAAAAUAUUGUGAAGUAAAAUUUUCAUUUA